AUGCUGAGGCUGGCACCCUUGGGGCUUCUUUUCUGCCUUCUCAGAGUUGAAAAUGGCAAUGGGGAGCGGAAGUUCAUCGGCGUCAACAAUGGCGGUGACCUGGGUUAUUGGAGUUCUGCAGAAUUCUGUCCAGGUGCCUUGAAAGCGAGAGGCUUCAGUUUGAAGGUGGAGAGAAGGCAGAAGAUUGGAGAUGAUACGGCACUCAAUGGAAUCAAGCUCUUCUGCGGGAAGGAUGGGAGCUACUCUCAGGAUAUCUCCAUCACUUCCGCAGAGGGAAGGCACUUUAUUGUCCGCGUGUCAGUUUUGCACAGUGAAAGGGGCGGAGCAUUCUCGGGGCGGUCGUUACGGUGGGGAAAAUGGACAGAACCCAAAUGGUGCUCACAUGGAUUUCUGACACAAUUCGCCCUAAAACAUGAAGAUAACUUCUUAGUAAACGAUUACACAGCGGCCAACAACAUUUUGUUCCGCUGCUCCAAAGGGUCAGAGCUGGAGGGCGACGGCGAGUCCUGGGGCGCCUAUGGCGACUGGAGCGCAACCUGCGCGGCUGGAUUUUCCGGCAUUCAAACCAGAGUCGAAGAGGAUCAAGGAAAGUUCAACGACGACACGUCGCUCAACGAUGUCAUGUUCUCCUGCUAA